AUCAGACUUCUCCUGUUAUUGGUUCUUUCUCUUCUCGUGGUCCAAACACCAUUGCUAUUGAUAUUCUAAAGGUAUAUAUAUACGAAACAUUAUUAUCAAUGAUUCUGUUUAUUCCUCCACUCUGAAAGACAAUGGUUGAUGAGUUGCAGCCGGAUAUAACAGCACCGGGGGUGGAUAUCCUCGCUGCAUAUUCACCUGUUGGUGAACUGUCUGAUCAAGAUACUAGACAUGUGGAUUACACUGUUCUCUCCGGAACUUCCAUGUCUUGUCCGCAUGUUGCAGGUGUGGCUGCCUAUGUCAAAUCGUUUUACCCUAAAUGGUCUCCUUCCAUGAUUCAAUCUGCCAUCAUGACAACUGCUUGCCCGGUAAAUGCUACUGGAACUGGCAUUGCAUCGACCGAGUUUGCUUAUGGAUCUGGACAUGUCAACCCAAUAGCCGCUCUAGAUCCUGGACUUGUCUAUGAACUAGGCAAAGAAGACCACAUUGCCUUUCUCUGUAGCUUGAACUACACGUCAGAUACCCUUAAAAUCAUCUCUGGUGAAACAGUCUCGUGCUCAAAAGAAAACAAACCCUUACAAAAAAACCUAAACUAUCCUUCCAUGUCCGCUCGAUUAUCAGGAUCUGAUAACUCCUUCACGGUCAGUUUCAACAGAACAGUCACCAAUGUUGGUACACCGAACUCUACAUACACAUCAAAGGUAGUCGCGGGUCAUGGAUCUAAGCUCACCAUCAUGGUCACGCCUAGUGUACUGUCUUUUAAGACAGACAACGAGAAGCAAUCGUUCAAGGUAACUGUUACAGGCAGUAAUCUCAGUUCAAAACUGCCUUCGUCUGCAAAUCUAAUCUGGUCUGAUGGGAGACAUAAUGUCAGAAGUCCCAUUGUUGUUUAUACUGUUAGUUACUAGUGAUGCAUCAUCAGCUCGCCAUUGUCAUCAUAAAUAAAUCUGUAUUGUUGUUCUUAUAUUUCUUCACUCAUGUUUAAAGCUAGUUUCUUUUAAAGAAGCGAAUGUUUUAACAGAAACAACCAUACAAUAAUAGAUUAUAAAAAUUUUCAUAUUUUUUUGAACGUUUAGUUAAUUAUGCUAUUAUAAACUAGAUGAGGAAUAUUACAUUGAUGAUUUUACAGACACAAUUCUACCACUU